GGCUACAGCGGCAGCGAGCUCCCCGGGCAAAGCAAUGGCGACAACCUUCCCUGCACGAGCUCGCGGCGCAGCAGCUGGGGAAGAGCGGAGCUGAGCGGCACGGCUGGGCGGAGGCGGAGGCGGCGCGCGGCGGGUUUCCGGAGUGAGCUCCGCGCGCAGCGCGGCAGCGCGCUCUCCCGGCCUCGCCCUCAUCGGCGGCGGGGACCUGCCCGGUCGCUCGCCCCGGGGCGGCGCCGAGCCCCCAGUAGUGGCUUUUUUUUUCUUUUUUUCUUUUUGUUUUGAAUUUUGGAUGCAAAAGGUUUUGUUCCAAUUUUCUUCCAUUUGGGAUGCAAACAUUUUUUCCUUCAAUUUUUUUCUCAAAACUUUUUCAAUUUUUUUCUCAAAACUUUUUCAAUUUUUUUCUCAUCAAAGCUUUCCGUUUUCUCCAAUUUUUUUCCUUGAAAAGUUUUUCCAAAAAAUUUUUAUAUCGAAAAAAUACUGUACAACUUAGUAUUGUCGAAAAAACUUUCCAGCCCAUGAGGGAAAAACUUUCUUUUUCAAAUUUUUUCUGUUCCGAUCUAUUCAAUUUUUUCCUUGAAAAGUUUUUUUAUAAAGUUUUUAUCAAAAAAAUACGGUUCGACACGCUCUGACAUGUGAGACGUCCCGUCGGAAAUUGACCGUACGCACGCAGGCGUUCUUCCGGGCGCCCGUAAAUUAGACGUCCCCCACGCAGCACCGCCGUGUAUGUUCACAUCAACAAACCCAACUCGCCCGCCUCCUCGCACCUCGCCGAUUGGCACGGCACGGCCGCACAGAUCGAGCUCAUCGCCGCACAGGUCACGGGCAUCGGAGCGAGCUAGGCCGCCGCCGCCGCCCAUGGACGACGCGGCGCCUCACGUCAUGGUCCUGCCGUUCCCGGCGCAGGGCCACGUCACCCCGCUCAUGGAGCUGUCGCACCGCCUCGUCGACCGCGGCUUCCGGGUCACCUUCGUCAACACCGAGCCCAUCCACGCCCUCGUGCUCGCCGCCCUGCGCCCGCCGGCGGCGGCCGGCGGCGGCGGCACCGCGCUUCCGGACGGGAUCCGGCUGGUGUCCGUCCCGGACGGGCUGGCCGACGGCGACGACCGCAGGGACCUCCGCAGGUUCGUGGACGCGCUCUCGCGGUGCGUCCCGGACUACGUGGAGCGGCUCCUCAGGGAGACCAAGGUCAAGUGGCUCGUCGGCGACGUCAACAUGGGGAUGUGCUUCGAGGCCUCCAGGAAGCUCGGUGUCCGGGUGGCCGCCGUCUUCCCCGCCUCCGCGGCGUGCCUCGCGACGCUCUUCAAGGUUCCCCAGCUGAUAGAAGGCGGCUUCUUCGACGACAAGGGCUUCCCGAAGCGGCACGGUUCGUUCGAGCUCACCCCGGGGAUGCCGCCGCUCUGCCCGUCGCAGAUGCCGUGGAGCAUCGACGGCCCAGCCCAAGGACAGGAAAUGAGCUACCAGCUGGUGUCCCGGAACACCCAGGCGGCGCGCCGCUACGCCGAGGUCGUCGUGUGCAACUCGUUCCGCGACGCCGAGGCCGCGGCGUUCGAGCUCUUCCCCGCCAUCCUGCCCGUCGGCCCGCUGUCCGCCGACGCGGAGCUGCGGAAGCCCGUGGGGCAGCUCCUGCCGGAGGACACGGGGUGCCUGCGUUGGCUCGACGCGCAGCCCGACGGCUCCGUCGUGUACGUCGCGUUCGGCAGCUUCGCCAUCUUCGACCCGCGCCAGUUCAGGGAGCUCGCGCUGGGGCUGGAGCUCAUGGGCCGCCCGUUCCUCUGGGUGGUGCGCCCGGACUUCACCACCGCCGGCGACCUGAGCAGGGCGUGGUUCGACGAGUUCAAGGACCGCGUCGCCGGCACGGGCACGGUGGUCAGCUGGUGCCCCCAGCAGAAGGUCUUGGCGCACCGUGCGGUGGCGUGCUUCGUGUCGCACUGCGGGUGGAACUCGACCAUGGAAGGGGUGCGGAACGGCGUGCGGUUCCUGUGCUGGCCCUACUUUGUCGACCAGUUCGCGAACCGGAGCUACAUCUGCGACAUCUGGGGGACCGGCAUGGCGGUGUCGCCGGGUGAAGAUGGUAUCGUGACCAAGGAGGAGGUGAGCGGCAAAGUGGAAAAGGUCAUCGGUGAUGAGGGGAUGGCGGAGAGGGCACGGGCGCUCAAGGAUGCUGCUUGCAAAUCCCUCGGCGAGGGCGGAUCUUCGCGUGAGAAUUUCAAUAGGUUGGUCGAUCUCCUGCGUGAGUGACCUGCAUUUUGCUCCGCUGCCAAGGACCAAGGUGCGCUCGAGUGAUUUCUUGCCUGACUCCUACACGAAAACACUUAAGUGAUGCGGUAUGAGUUUCUCACUGAACUGAUGCACGGAUAGUUCUCGUGUAAACAAGUUCUGUGUGUGUGAGGCGUCGAGAAAGAAAACUGUAGCUUUGCAUGCUUGUUAAUUCUUAUUUAUAACACGCUAAAAGAGAUAAAUUUUAGAUAUUUUCAUAACA